AAACACAGGAGCUGUCAGCAGCCACGUGUCCUACCAUAUGGAACCAGCUGGUCUGCAGUGAAAAAGAAGCCAACAUGCAAAAAGCAGCAGAGAACCACGUGUGCUCAGUGCUGCAUCUCCUUUGCUGAUGUUGAAAAACCUCACAUCAACAUUCGAGAUUACAUCGAUCUCACACCAGUGCUAACAAGCUCUAUUUUGAAUCAAGUAGCAGGACGGAGUCUUUUCUUCAAAUGUGAAGCCUUCCAGAAAACUGGAUCUUUUAAGAUUCAUGUGGCGCUUAAUGCCAUCAGAGGCUUAAUUCCUGCCACCUUAGAAGGGAAGCCCGAAGCUGUUGUUACUCACAGCAGUGGAGAUCAUGGCCAGGCUCUCAUUUAUGCUGCUAAAUUGGAAGAGGUUCCUGCUUAUAUUGUGGUACCCCACACAGCUCCCAACUGUAAAAAACUGGCAAUACAAGCCUAUGGAGCCUCUAUAGUUUACAGUGAACCGAGCGAUGAGUCCAGAGGAAAGGUUACAAAAAGAAUUUUGGAAGAAACAGAAGCCAUCGUGGUACCUCCCAACCAGGAGCCUGCAGUGACAGCUGGGCAAGGCACAAUUGCCUUAGAAGUGCUGAGUCAGGCUCUGAAACCUAGCGUGAUGGUACCUGCUGCCUAACUCUUGAAAGCAGUUGAUUGCUACAAGUACAAACUGAAAGGGAAACUGACCCCCAAUCCUUAUCCUUCAGAAACUAUAGCAGAUGGUGUCAAAUCCAGCAUUGGCUUAAACACCUGGCCUCUUGUAAGGGACCUUGUGGAUGAUGUCUUCACUGUCACAGAGGAUGAAAUCAAGUGGGAAGCUAAAAUCAGGACACAGCUGCUUUGGGAAAGGAUGAAACUACUCACUGAACCUACAGCUGGUGUCGGAGUGGCUGCUGUGCUGUCUCGGAAUUUUCAAGCAGUUUCUCUAGAAGUAAAGAACAUCUGUAUUGUUCUCAGUGGUGGAAAUGUAGACUUGACCUCCUUACGUUGGGUGAAGCACGCCGAAAGGCCAGCUCCUUAUCAGUCUGUUUCUGUUUAA